GGUGUAAAGGUCAUGUCAAGCGGUCAUGCAUGUAAAUAAUAGUCAUAUAUCUCACGAGAUGCAAAUUGUAUCAAGUUUCUUCCGAUUUCGAAACUACCUAUGGGAAUAUGGCAGCUAUGCAAAAUGAAACACCAUUUUAAACUGGUCAACAGGUAGGUUUCAGUAAAAUGUAUUAUACGGUACUAUACACAUAGUGACCAACUUCAAAGUUCAAAUGUAUUGACACUUAUAGCAGCAAGCUAAAUGCUUCCAUUACGUGUACUUUACCACCAGAAAUCAAAACAUAAUAGAUGAACAAUUUUGUAUUAUUUAAAAGCACUCAGUCCAUUGUUUUUCCUUUUAGAGUUUAUAAAUACGCAUAAUGUGACAUUGUGAGCUGGUGGACCUGUUGGCUUUCCAAUACAGCUACAUUUCAGCUUGGUCAUUUUGAGUUAAAGACUCGCUUUGUAAUUGUGUAUAUAUUAAAAGCGUCAAAAUCAUGGCGUGUAGUAAAUACGAGCUUGGCUAUGACGACAAUCGCUUCGAGAUCGAAGUCAGUGAAAGCUUUCAUUGUAUAAUCUGUUUCCUGGUUCUUAAACAACCAGUAAUGUGCAAGAACCAACACUACUAUUGUUCAAUCUGUAUCAAGAAACAUUUGGAAAACUCCGCAUCUUGUCCGACGUGUCGUGAACACCUCAGUGUCGCCACAUUGAAGCCAACUCCGAGGAUCGUCACGGACUAUUUAUCGGAGCUCAAUAUUCGCUGUGAUUUUCACCCCAGAGGAUGUCUGGGGGUUGUUAAGUUGAAAAAUCUCGAACGACACGUUGCAAGUUGUGGGUUUUCGCCCGUGCAGUGUUCAAAUGACGGAUGUAAUGCUCUCGUUAGUAUCAGAGAUAAAAUCUAUCAUCAGAGUGAAAUAUGUGAAUUUAGAAAGUCGAAAUGUCAUGACUGUAGUCAGCUCAAACAGGAAGUAAAGGAAUUAAGGGUUCAAAUGAUGGCUCAACAAGAUCAGAUCAGAGAGGAAAUGAAAGGAAUAAAAGAGCAAGUUAUGAAUGAAAUGAAAAAAGAAACGAAAGAGUUAACAGUUCAAAUGUUGUCUCGUCAGGACCAACAAGAAAUGCAAAGCGAAAUUUUUGCUCGCCAAGACCAAAUGAAAAAAGAAAUAAAGCAAGAUAUAGGUAUGCAAUUAACGUAAUUUCAUUCAGUAGUUAUAAUUAUCCCUUCAUAAUGUACAUGGUCGCUUGGGGCCUGUGCUCUAAACGUCGAAAUGUUUUUCUGGUUGUUUUUUUCCUGACAGAAACCGCGGCAGCUCAUUGCAGAAUAAUAUUACCUACACUGGACCACCGCGUUUGAGAUAUCUUUUUCAGAUAGUUCAGAUACAAACCACGGCAGCUUAUUGUAGAAUACUACCUACGCUGGACCACCACGUUUGAGAUAUCUUUUCCAGGUAGUUUAGACACGCUGGACCACCACGUUUGAGAUAUCUUUUUCAGGUAGUUCAGACACAAACCACGACAGCUUAUUGUAGAAUACUACCUACACUGGACCACCACGUUUGAGAUAUCUUUUUCAGGUAGUUCAGACACAAACCACGACAGCUUAUUGUAGAAUACUACCUACACUGGACCACCACGUUUGAGAUAUCUUUUUCAGGUAGUUCAGACACAAACCACGACAGCUAAUUGUACAAUACUACCUACAAUGGACCACCACGUUUGAGAUAUCUUUUUCAGGCAGUUCAGACACAAACCACGACAGCUUAUUGCAGAAAAAAUACUUAGGAUGGGGAUGUUUUAAACACUCAAGAUAUUAAUAUGAAAUUUUAGCUUGUCAAGGAAUGACAGUAGAAAUAAAGCAUCAUCUGACAGAAAUGAAACGUGAAAUUUUGAGCGAAGUGCGAGAAAUAGUCAAGAUGGGGGUUGAAAACAUGGCAAAGGAAAUGAAGAAUACAAGUGACGAGAUGAAAAAGGAAAUGAAAGAAAUCCAAGAUCAAGUGAAACCGAUAUGUUUUAAUCAGUCAGCUCGGUUAGAUGGAGAGCAAAAAGCAGAAAUGCCUGCAACAGAAAAUACGAGAAUAACAACACCACAAAAACCAGCACCAUCAUUUCUAACAUUAGAGCCAUCAUUUCUAACAAAACCACCACCAAACAAAACAGAAGAAACAAAACCAUCAUUUGGAACAACAUCACCAAACAGAACAAAACAACCAAUGCAACCAUUUGGAAUACCAACAUUGGGAGCAAUGCUACCAGGAAACGAUUCAAACGAAACAGAAGAAAUAAUACCAUCAUUUGAAACACCAUCACCAUACAGACCAAAACAACCAAUGCAAUCAUUUAUACCAACAUUGGGAGCAAUGCUACCAGGAAACGAUUCAAACGAAACAGAAGAAAUAAUACCAUCAUUUGAAACACCAUCACCAUACAGACCAAAACAACCAAUGCAAUCAUUUAUAUCAACAUUGGGAGCAAUGCUACCACGAAACGAUUCAAACGAAACAGAAGAAAUAAUACCAUCAUUUGGAACACCAUCACCAUACAGACCAAAACAACCAAUGCAAUCAUUUGGAAUACCAACAUUGGGACCAACGCCAUUACCAAACAAAACAAAAGAAACAAAACCAUCAUUUGGAACAACAUCGUCAAACAGAACAAAACAACCAAUGCAACCAUUUGGAAUACCAACAUUGGGAGCAAUGCUACCAGGAAACGAUUCAAACGAAACAGAAGAAAUAAUACCAUCAUAUGGAACACCAUCACCAUACAGACCAAAACAACCAAGCAAUCAUUUGGAAUACCAACAUUGGGACCAACGCCAUUACCAAACAAAACAAAAAAAACAAAACCAUCAUUUGGAACAACAUCAUCAAACAGAACAAAACAACCAAUGCAACCAUUUGGAAUACCAACAUUGGGAGCAAUGCUACCAGGAAACGAUUCAAACGAAACAGAAGAAAUAA